CUAAGAUAGUCAUUGAGGCUUCACGUUAUCUCCACGACGCAUAUAACAUUAUCGAAUACGUUUUCAGUAUCGCGUAGAUAGCUGAACACAAUUGUGCGAUUUUUUUUUUUUUCUUUUCACACAAAAUAUAAUAAAAUGAAAUCAAUCAUUUUAAUACUGGUAUUCGUUGCUACGGCGGUCAGUGGAGAUAUUAUAGCAACUGUGACGUUUUCUCCUGAUGACGCAAACAGUAACGUCGCUGGAAAUCUUACAUUGGUUCAAAAUGAUUCCACUGGACAAGUAAGAAUCUAUGGAAAUAUUACCGGUCUCACUGCGGGUCUACAUGGCUUCCAUGUCCACCAAAAAGGAGAUCUUUCUAACGGCUGUACCAGCGCUGGAGAACACUUCAAUCCUACAAACAAACACCAUGGAGGACCAACGGAUGCCAACAGACAUGUCGGAGAUCUUGGAAACGUUGAAGCAAAUAAGGAUGGCGUAGCUUUUGUAAACAUUUACGACAAUAUAAUUUCUCUUCGUGGGUUCAACAGCAUUAUUGGCCGCUCUUUGGUUGUUCAUUCAGGACAAGACGAUCUCGGAAAAGGUGGAAACGAAACAUCACUCACUACUGGAAAUUCUGGAACGCGUGUAGGCUGUGGAGUUAUCGGGAUUGCUUCUCCAGUAGGAAGUCUUCCAUCAACCGGGUCAUCUAUUUUUCUUAAUCAUACCAGUGCAUUAAUGUCUAUUAUUUUUUCACUUAUUUUUAAAUUCCAUGUUUAAUUGUUGUAAUGGUAAAUUACCAGAAAUUGAUGC